AUGGCACACAAAGAUAUUGUUACAGUGCGGGUCACUGGCUGUUCAACACAGAGGGGUGGCCCUUAUCAGUAUCCUGUCAUUGACCUUAACAGUUCGUCUGGUUUCCCUGCCAGCGAAGCAAAACAAGAACUGGUGAAGACGGCUCUUGAACAGUGUGCAGUGAAAGGGGAAGAAGAAAGAGAGGAGAUGAUCGGUGCAGAUGUUGCAAAUACGUUGUCAAGAGUGUUGGAUCACUUGGCUAGUCAUCAAGAAUUCAACGAAUACAUUCCCGUCGUCCUCGGUUGCUGUAUAUCGGCAAUGGCCCGGAAUCUCCCAGCCAAACCAGUCAAGACCUCCCUGUUACCUGGAGUGUAUGCCCUGAUGAGACACUGCUCAGACGAAGGAACUGCCUCCGUGCAGGCAUCUCUUGAUGCCAACACAAGAACUCAUUUUCAGUCGCUAGUCGAAGACUUCAAGAAACAGAAAUGCUUUCUGUAGAUGUUACUCUUACCAGAUUUGUCUGUGCAUGAUUCACGAAAAGCAAGUUCGAGUGACACGUCUCAAUUCCGUGAAUUCUAGAAUGGAUCCACACCCACUGCAUGCAAACUGCAGAAACAACUGAUGCACAAGUGUCCACAAAAUCUCAACUAUAAUUAUACCUCCGAACUAAUGAUGCAAUGAAUGUUGAAAAAUGAGAGCGAAACCACACCCUGACAGUGAGAUGUCGUAGCUACUAUAAUUAUACCUGGCAUGGGUGUUUACUUUCAGUCUGAUAUUUCCCCAACUGACAGCCCCAAACAAUAUUAGUGUGUGCAUCAGAAUGCAUGAGGGUUGUGAAUAAUGUCAAGCUACUCCC